CCCCGUCACGAGGUUGUCGACGGUGGUUGAGCCACGACUGUAGCAUUCAUGCAAGCCUACGUGGCACAAUCUGCCACCACAUAUAUGUUUCCAUCACUAGCCCCACCUCUCUGCACCGCUUUUCCAGUUCUAUAAAUUCAUUUACACUCCCUUCACCCUUUUUACAUUUCAGCUCGCAAAAUAAUACAAGCACGAGUGGCUCGCUUUGCAACUUGUAAAAGACAAAACACACACUACACAUGAUGCACUUCUCCUUCUCCACCGCAUUCUUCACUCUCUAGUCUUCUGUUUUUCUUAAACCUCAGACAUGGGAAGAGCUCCUUGUUGUGAGAAAGUAGGCUUGAAGAAAGGAAGGUGGACAUCAGAGGAAGAUCAGAUCUUGGCCAAAUACAUUCAGGCCAAUGGAGAAGGUUCUUGGAGGUCGUUGCCUAAGAAUGCAGGAUUAUUGAGGUGUGGCAAGAGUUGCAGACUGAGAUGGAUUAACUAUUUGAGAGCUGACCUUAAAAGAGGAAACAUUUCUGCUGAAGAGGAGAAGACGAUCGUCAAGUUGCACGCUUCUUUGGGUAACAGGUGGUCUUUGAUAGCAAGUCAUUUGCCAGGAAGAACAGACAACGAGAUUAAGAAUUACUGGAAUUCUCACUUGAGCAGGAAAAUUUACUGUUUCCCAAAGAUGGAGAACCAACAAAGUGCAGUUGCAGUUGCAGGGGCGAUUGAUACACCUAAAGUGGUGAGCAUUCCUCCCAAGCGAAAAGGUGGCAGAACAAGCCGUUGGGCAAUGAAGAAGAACAAAACCUAUAUCCAAAAUGCCGACAGAAUCAAAGAAAAUUUGAAUCAAGGAAAUAUUACUGUUAGCAUAGUUCCAAAUGCACCCAGUUCGUCGACAGAGAGCAAUGGCAUAAGGGAGUCUAAGGCGACGGAGGAUAACGUGGUAGAAGAGUUUAGAGAAGGAAAGGUAGAUGAAAAGUGUGAAAAGGAGAUCUUAAAAGUGUGUGAAAUUGAGGGCAUUGAUGAGGGGAGUGAGAUGUUGGAAAGUUGCUUGGCGGAAACAUGUGGGGUUUGGGACAUAAGUGAGAAGAGAGAGAGCAAUGAUGUGGAAAUGGUGCCUAAUACUGAUGCUAGUCCAAACAAAACAUCGUCGUGUGAUAGUAGCGUGAACGGUUAUUCGUCUUCUUCUUCAGUGGCCCUGAGCUUGGAUCAACACUGGGAUUGGGAGAGCGUGAUAGAGUUCAAUAACGUUGUUGAGUCCCAAUUCGAUUCUCACGAUUUUAGUCACAAAGAUGAACUGCUGACGUGGCUGUUGGAGGAUGACAUUUGGGAAAGUCAUGACAACAAAUUGGAAGAGACAGAUAUAAAUAUACAAGACAACGUUCUUGAUUGGCUUCUCUCUUGAUUCCUCCGACUACGAUAAAGAUAUCUAGAUAAUAUUUUCUUGACAAUAUUUAAACAUCAUCUACGUGUUAUUCUGUGAUUAGUUCAUAGUGUUAUUUAUGAUUAUUAUUAUUGAUUAUGAAAUAAUUUUGGACCAAUCACAGAAUAACACAUAAAUGAUAUACAAAUAUUAUCAAAAAAAUAUUGUCUAAAUAUUAUUCCUCUAUUAAAAUAGACCUAAUGUGUGAGUCGCCUUGUUUUUCCUCUUUCAAAUUUCUAUGUCGUAGGCUUCCAAAUUAAAAAUUCCGCACAUUUUAGACAAAUAUUGGUGUUUUCGUCACUUGCAUUGCAUGUAGCUAGUUCCAAAUGCAGAUUUCACUAUGUAACGGUUACAAAUUUAUUUUAUUUUACAUAAUUAUUUUAGAGCUCAUGAAUAAAUUGCAAU